ACAAAGUCAGUUGCGGCUCUAUUAACUUCUACAAACGGAUUCCUUCACAGUGCGCGAGAUCACCUCUCGCCUCUGUGUGAAAAAGCAACAACAGAAGAAAAAGGUUAGACAAAACCCUCCAUGACUUCAUGCAACAACAGUGAGGCACGUGUUUGUGUAUGCUAGGGGUGAAAAUGUCCAAUAUGUAGAUGCAAUACGUCAAAGACUAACGGCGACGGGAAGUCCCACGUCCAUUGAAACUAGUGACGUCACAAAUGCCCAAGGACCCCGGCACUUGACCGGCACGACGUCUGCACGCCUCUGCUUCAUAAAAGAAUCGACCUAUACCACACGUGCCGAUGCUGAUCCGACGGCGUACCUGGGCUCCGGCAGGAUAAUCUUCUUGCUGGCCCUGGCGGCGGGAGUCGACUUGCUCUUCUCCAUCGCCAUCAAGUAGCUGACAUCGGCCAGCACAGCCUCCAGAUCCGCCAUCUUCACUCGCUCGAGGCUCGUUCGCCAACAACGCCAGAUGGGAGCACCAUCAACCGCCCGGGUCGCUGAUGGUGGUGGUGCCGCAGCAGCCUGUGAUGGGGCUUCUGCCUUCGUGCGUGCGAAAGUGAGCGUGCGGACGCCGCCUCACGGUGUCAUAGUGCCGCUGGCUGGCUUCAGCAAAGGUUCAAUCGGUGAUCUCGUAAUCCCAUUAAGCGCCCCGAGGGAUCCCCCCGGCUCGAUGCGGCAUCUACGUCCCCCUCCCCGCGAAGACGAGCGAGCGAGCGAGCGGGAGCCUUCACAUGCAGCGGAGAGGAGUCCUCCGGAUGCCGCUGCUCGCUCUUUCGCCCGCGUCCGCAAGAUUCUUGUCGCAAUGCAAAUGUCUCCUGGCGAGCAAACACAAACCAACCAGCUUCGUUUGCAUUCCACGCAAUUCGCGCGCGCGCACGCACGCCAGCCGAGGCGCGAUCCCACUCCCAGUCCCGUUCCAAGUCCAAGUCCCAGUCCCGACGAUCAGCUACUGUGAGCGGAGACGACGAGGCCGCUUGCCGCUGAUGUCCUCCGGUGCUAAAUGCUAACAACGUUCCUUAGCCAGCAACAAAUUGUCAAUAAAGUUGAACGGGGAGGGGGGAAAAAAACAACAACGAGGUAGCCCUGUGGCUAACGGGCUAGGCUAGCGAGCUAGCCGGCAGGUUGACGUGUGCCGCUCCGGAGGGGAAGUCGAGCAGCUUCACUUCCCCAAAAAACGGACGAGUCGCUGGCUUCCGAGGCCGCGCUAAACGGGCCCAGGGGCUUCCGUGGCGGCGGCUCGCGGAGUUUCGGCUUUAGGGGAGCCCCCUCCUCUCGUCGUCGUCGCCGUGGGAACCAGUGCGGGGGGCGAGGAAGAAGCCACGGGCGGGGAAAGGGGAGAGGGGCCCGCGGCCGGUCAGGCAGCUAGCCAGCCGGGGAGCAGCGCUUUUCUUCCGCGAGAAAGAGCAGAAACGGGCGGAUGGCCGCACCGAGGCCGUGUCGGGCGGGCGGGCGCGGAAGCCAACAGGGGAUACGGGGGGCUCCUCGCGAGCGCUUCCGUGCGUGCUGGCGGAGCCUCCGUCCGGAAGGCGGCCUGACACCGACGCGAUGGCUUGCAGGAAGGCUGCCUCGGUGGCUUUCUCUCCUCCUCGGCUCGAAGCUUUCGGUGACGGCGGCUUUCGUUUGUGUUUUUGUCGAGUUUUGCUGGAUUGCGCUGCACUCGCCUCGGCUGGCUCCACUUCCUCCCACUGCGGCGAGCGGGAGAGGCCGACAAAACCCGGAGCGGUGGAGCCGGAACCGGAGCCAAAGCGACUCUCGCCAAAUGUGUCAUGUUGCCGUGCGCUCGCCACUCUGGAUUGGAAACAUUAUUUGAUUACGUCACUUUAAAAAAAAAUGUAAAAUCCAAGUUGAUGUUGUGAACGCUGUGCGGUAAGCGUUGAUGAGGCCUUUGUCAUCCGAGUUAGCAGCACUCUUUUACGUUCCAGAAAUAAGCAACAAAACACAGGAUGACCCUAUUUGCGAACCCGUGAGGGACAAAAAAAUUUCAACGCCAAAUGAACUGUUGGCAAAAAAAAUUUUGCCAGUCAAUGUGGAUAAUUUUUCAAACAAUAAAUGUCUGCAAACGAUCAAUCGAUGUUAAGGCAGUUGCUAAAAAUCUAAUAGUUUUUUAAAGGCCACCAAAGUCAAUGAUCGUCAGGCACGUGCAUGUGCACCUGCUCCUUUGCCCCUACAUGCCCAAAGUGCCAACUGUGCAGACACGACACCGAAAACUCCUUAAAAAAAAAAAAAGGCGUCUGUCUGCCACUAAGCCGCCGCAUAACACCCUCCACCCUGCACGUUGUUCCUCUUUGACCUGGGUGUGUGAUGGUGAGGAGUCUGAGGACAUGUGGUGGUUGGAAACGGUGUUACCCUUAUAAACCGUGUUUGAGCAAAUAGUGAAAAUUCUUACACCAGGUUAAAGUGGGGAUUUAAAAAAAAAAAAUCUGUAAUUUUCUCUUAUAUAGUUUUCUACUUUAGUAAUUAAUAUCCAUGUGUGUCUACUCUGAAUAGGCAGCCAUAUUUGUCUGUUCCCUUCACAACGUUAUCUAGAAGGUACACAUCUUAAGGUUAAGUUCUCGUUUUCAUCUCAAUUUAAUGUUUGCAAUUCGUCCCUUUUUUCAUUUUCUGUGAUUCCGGUGUUUCUAUGGAUCUUAAUGUGAUAAUUUGGUAAUUCCAUUUCUUUGUAUUAUGUAGUUAAAUGUAUAUUUUUUAUUGUUCCUGCUAAUCACCCUUGUUAAAUGCUCUGUCUUCUCUCUUUCUUCACAACGUUAUUGAGAAAGAAAGAAAGAAAGAAAGUUUUCAAAAUAAAAGCGACCGGACAAUCUGAUUUAUUAAAUUUAAGAUUUAUAUUUUAUUAUGUAGAUAUGCCUCGUAUGGAAAGGUUGAGGGAUAAAAAAAGGAGCUGGAUGAGGCUGUUAAAGGCAGUGGAUCCCUCAUCAGCUGGGUGAAGAGCACAAUAGGUAAGAAUAACAGUUUGCAAAGAUAUUCAGGUAUAAAAUCCAACAAUUAUACACACAAUUACAAUGUUAUUGUUCUAUAACAUUUUAUGUAAUUACUUUAUUAAUCAUUUGGUGCUAUAGUUGUCAAAUAUGGAUAAUAAUAAAAUAAUAGUUUUGGAAAAAAACUGCUGAAGGUGGCUCAGUGAACAUCUGAUGUGGUUUGUUCUCAGAUAAACAACAAGUUGAGGUUUUGAUAUAGAGGUUGAAAGAAGAAAAUAGGCAAAGACUGACUGAGUCACAGCCAGAAAGUGUUGAUGACAGUGUUGAUUUCUAUUCGCUAUUCACAGCCAAGUAUGCUGUAAUACUGGUUAAACUUGAAGUUAUGUUGUUGUAAGGUCUAUUAAAUUCAUAUUCAUUUGCCCCUUUUGAUCUAUGAGCACCUGCCCCUCUAUUGGUAUCUGCACGGUCCUGUUGAUCGUACACUGUAUCGAUUCUCAAUAUCCUUUUUACUAUCGGCAUUUCUACAGCGAUAUCUUGGAUUGUUUUGGUCAAAGUUGCAAAGUGCCCGGAUACUCGGCAAAGGUUAUAUAAACCAAACAGGAGGGUGCCGGAAUGACUCUGUCGCCGACAGUACAGGGACCCGAGCGAGCGUCGGGGGCUCAGUCGGCCCGUCCUGGUGCGCUCUCCACAGGACUCCCCGCCAACCUUGCGCUCCCGGAGAUGUUAGAAAAUUGUGCGAGUUCUGUUAUUCUGUUGAAAGAAAAUUCUACACCAAAGUUUGAGUUUUAUGUUUCAAUUUCAUUUGAUAUUUCAUUCAUUUAAUUGUUCUUUUAUUUGAUAGUGACACGUUGCUUCAUGAUGAGUUAAGGACGGAAGAAAGCACUUUUGGGCAAUUUGCAUUGGGAGAGAGAGAGAGAGAGAGUGCUGUUGACAUUUUAUAUUUUCUUGAAAAAAAAUAUGUUAUAAAAAGUUUAUUGAGAGAUUUGCCAAGGACACGUUCAUUCUGGUCAAUGACCAUCCGAGAGCCGCGUUGUCAUGUUUAACAAAGACAUUUUUAUUGCGAUGGAGGGUCGGGCCGAGGUCGGCCAUCUUCCGAGCGGGGGGUACGGAGAAGCCAUUUUGGCGGGUCGCGUCGACUACUGCUGGAUGCGCCUGAUGGACUGGAUCUGCGGCGUCUGGCAGUGCGAGCCAAACUCCUUGAAGUGUUUGUACUCGCCGCAGUGGCGGUCGCACUCCACGAUGUACUGGUAACCACGGUAACCAGGGUACUGGUAGCACACAAAGCUGUCGACAGACGGCAGGGUGGCAAAUUAGGGGAGACAAAAAGCGGGUCGGCCUACCGAGUGUUUUUCUACUCAGGGGUCGGCAUUGGGGCCACUCACGCGCCAGACUGGACCUUGAGGGAUCCCACCUCGUUGUUGCACCAGCCCAUUGCUUGCAAGGAAGGGUAGUCGUCGCUCAGCUCGCCCUUGCGAGCCAGGAAAUUCUCGCGCUCAAAGAUGGUCAUGCGGCACUCCCGGUGGUUCUGCCAUAGAGAGAGGUCACGAGUGCGUGCGCCCAUCGGGGUCAGUCGGGGCUGUCACGGAGGGGCCCGAGCGCGCGAGACAGGGUAGAGCUUGCUUUGGGAGACGUUACGUCUCGUGGGCGCUAGCGACUCACCGCGCAGGCCACGGGCCUGAAGGAGGUCAAGCGCUCCACAUGGUAGGCGUUGCUGCCACCGAAGGCGUCGCACUGGGGGUACUCGCCCCGCUCCAGAACAAAUUGCUGCCCCUGGAAGGAAGCGUGCUCGUAGCCCACCCAGCUGCAAAAGAGGAAGAAGGGAAGCCGCGCCCCACCCCCGUCAGGGUGCGCCUUCACCCAUGCCAACGGUUAUCCGCGCGCACACUCACGCGCCGCUCUCCACGCGCAAGGAGCGCACCGUCUCCAAGCCCAAGUCCAUCACGUUGACGCAGUCCGAGGUGAACUCGUGACGCCGGCCCUGGAAACACUCCUCGUCGAAAACCACGAUCUGCCGCGGAGACCGCCUCGUCAACUUCCUCGUGGAACGGCGCGGCAAGCGUCCCGCUAGCUAGCAGAGUUUGUCACUCACCUUCCAGUGGCCGGAGAACUUGGUGCAGUGGUGCGUCAUCUUGUCUGUGAGGACACGCCACACGUUGGUCACGCACGACACGUGGUUAUUAGACCUUCUACGACACGCUUCCAAAUGUUAUUUAUGGUUUAGCGCGAUUUGAUGUUCUAGGAUGCCGUCCCACGGUUUGGGAAAAGUCACUGUGGUGCAGAUGACACCCAGCUCCGGCUCACUAGCCCGCUCUUGUGCCCGCCUCCCUCCGAAUAAACCUCAGGUUGAGUCCAAACUCCCUUAAAUCAAAGCUAACAAAAUUAAGCUCCCCGUGGCCUGUCCAGCCCAAAUUGAUCGUUUCUCAAUCAGCCCAGGGCAAGAGCCAGGGCGUCAUCAUUCUGAGGCCGCGUCCGCGAGAAUACCACCUACUCCCAUCACAGACCUUCGCCCCAUGCUGCCACCCGCCUCCCAAAUCAGGGUCGAGCUCCUUUGGCGCCAGGGACUCACCUUGCCGCGAUGCUCUUUGGCGCCGGUAAGAGAGAGUGAGAGCGGCGGGGUGCCGCCCUCUCUUUUAAAGCCUCCCCUGGAAGGGGGGCCACAGCAAAAGGCCCCGCUCAGCAAGAGGGGCGGCCUCUGUUUUUAUUGUUUUCCCCCGCCCCUGACCAAAGCGGCUCUAAUCCGUGCGGACGCCACAUUACGAGGGAGAGGGCGCUUGCGAGUCAAAGCAAAAACAAUCAUCGCUACAGCGGCAAACCGGAAAUGGGGUCAUUCUCUUCUCAAGGGGCUGGCGCUUUACUUGACCUCGAGGCUUUCUAGUAAUGACCGAGGUAUCAGAGGCUACUCGUACCGCACUUAAGAACUAGCGGGAAAGACAACCUUGAAGCCUCGCUUCAAGCCAGCGUCGUUAUGGCGCUAAACGCAAAUGUUGGAUUGCGGACAGAUUAGCGGGGGAUGGCAUGGUCCCGUUCAAAGACAACGAGCAAGCGCUAAGACGAUUUCGCACGUGGCGACCGAACCGGAGGCGCGAGCCCAUAGACCGAAAUGGAGUUUACGCCCAAAUGUGUUGCUGUGCCGUCUGGCGCUCGAAAUUUGUUGGCCGCGUCCAGGCUGCCGCAGAUUUGGGAAGGCCUUCGCCUGUGCGCCAAUUUGGGAUUUCCCUUUACAAAACCAGACGUUCUUUAUCUCUAGAUAAUGACGAAAGAAGGCGUCACCUCCAUCUUCAAAGUCAUCAAUCAUCUUUCAAUGCAGUGAAUUAAUUUCAGUCCAAUUAAACAUGACCGUGUAUACAGAAAGGCCCCUCAAACUCUGGUUUCACUUUCACUCCUUCUGUUUUUUAGGGUCUUUUCUUCUCCUGCUUUAUAUUUUGGUGCGUCAAAGUCAAUUUAACUCUGAGCUACACUUAGUUCUGCAUCCCUGUCGUCUUCCUAUCCUGCUAACGGCCGAAGAUCGAGCUUCCGACUGAAGGAAUGGAACCCGGGUUUUCGCUAUAAACAAUCGGGCCGACGAGGUCUUUUCAUAUCAGUCGUGAAGGUUGUUUGCUAUUUGUGCUGUUGAAAGUUGGAGGAUCCUAAAGCGGAUAUUCUCACAGUGCCUAUAAAUGCAGGGCGGUGGCCGGGAACGUGACCGACGCCGACGAGCCCGCUUCCACGCCACACGCACUCAGCCCGCCCUCGCCAUGUCUCAAACCGCCAAGUCCGCUUCCGGCCAGGGCGCCGACGCCAAGGACAACAAGGGAGGAGCGCCAGCCGCCUCUAGCAAGGCCACCAAGACCGGCGAGCCCAGCCUUGGGACCUUCAAGCUGACGCUGUUCGACCAGGAGAACUUCCAGGGCCGCUCACUGGAGUUGGAGAGUGAAUGCUUGGACGUCUGCGAGAAAGGCCUGGAGCGAGUGCGCAGUAUCAUCGUGGAAAGCGGCCCCUUCGUUGCCUUCGAGCAGACCAAUCUCCGAGGGGAGAUGUUCAUCUUGGAGAAGGGAGAGUAUCCUCGCUGGGACACCUGGAGCAACUCAUACCGCAGCGACUGCCUCAUGUCACUCAGGCCCAUCAACAUGGACAGCUCGGAGGCCAAAAUCUGCUUGCACGAGCUAUCUGACUUCAAGGGCAACAAGAUGGAGAUCCAGGAGGACGACGUGCCCACCCUGUGGGCGCACGGCUUCGGCGACCGAGUGGGCAGCGUGAAGGUCCCGGGCGGAACGUGGGUGGGCUACCAGUACCCGGGGUACCGAGGCUACCAGUACCUGCUGGAGAGCGGCGACUACCGGCGCUGCGAAGACUUCUCGGCCGUCCAGCCUCAGAUCCAGUCGGUACGGCGCAUCCGCGACUCGCAGUUCCACCAGAGGGGGUCCCUGGCCCUGGCGCCCGCCGCCGGCACCAAGUGAGACGGACCGCCUCGCAAGCCCGCCCCUUUUUACUGCCCUCUUCCGGGAGAUUGGCCGUCAUCUCGGUUCGCUGACUUUUUAUGCUGCGAAACAAUAAAGCUUGGGGGGAAAAAACCCCUCAAAAACACAUGGAUGACGGCCAACGGGUUUUGUUUCCGAUGCCGCCUUGCGCGUGAGGCCCUU